AUGAUUUUGAUGAUCUUUGCGUUCGAAAGAUUCAAAGAAUCUGGAGGGAAGGUGAUUGGUCCGUUCACUGUGAAGAAGGGUUACUCAAAUCAACAGUACGAGUUGUUCCGUUACAUUUUCUCUAGCGCCAAUGAUCCGAGUGAAGUGUUAGCCCAUUUUGGGAAGGUUGAGGUCGAGCGGAUGUAUUUCAAAUGCAUGAAACCGGAGACCGAUAUAUCAAACAGUGUCAUUGAUUGCUUUGCUCAAAUCAUGAAUUUUCGAGAGAAGAAGCGCAACGGCAUUGGAAGUAAGAGAACUUGGUUUAUGCCCACCAGAAUUUCGAGCAAGUUACUUGGAAGAACGAUGACUGUGGAGAGGAUGGCGAAGCAGCAAGAGUGGUCCACUCUUUAUUACGAUGCAGAUUUGAGUUUAUGUCACACUAUGGUGGUACCCCUACUGGAUACCGAGAGUGCUCCGCACUGGUUUGCGGCGAAUGUGAGCAUGGUUAAUACAACAGUGGAAAUUAGGGACUCGUUGUCUUCUGCAAUGCAUAAGAGGUCACGUCGGAGCACCUGCGUAGAGAUGCUCCAGACUUUGGACCAAUUGUUUGCCCCUGUCAAGCCAGGAGACCUGAAUUUCAGCGAGUUUGUCAUUAUUUCUUCAAGCAAGGACUACCCACAACAACAAAAUGGCCACGAUUGUGGAAUGUUUGUAAUGAAGUACAUGGAAUCACUGUUCGAGGAAAAUGAAAUAUUGGAAGAGUUUGAUCCUAUUGAAGCCAGACUGGAUUGUGUUGGGAAAAUUGUCACCCACGAGAGUAACAAGGCUAAACAUGCUGUGAUGGAGGGAGUUAAGAAGCAAUUUGGAUUGAGCAAAACCAAAGUUCUUCCAUCAACAUCUACAACUAUACCAUUACGUAGUCCAUCAAGGUCUCCUCGAGACCCCCGAUUCAGCACAGCGAAGGCCAGGUCCGAAAACAUGUGGACUGGCAAGAGCAAGUCCCCGAAAACACGUCAUUCUAAAAGGCUGGCCAUAAGUAACAAGUAGUAUAUUACAAUGAUUACAAAAGUUACUUUAUUUAUAUAUUUACUAUGUUCAGUACAAUGGUUACAAAAGUUAGGUUUUAGGUCGUAAAUUAUAUUUAGUCAGUCAUGUUAUAUACUUGCAUCAUACUACUGUUAGGUGAUUUGGAAUUGCACUAAUGUUGGUGAUUUUAUAAUUUACUAUAGGGUAAGACUUGUGGUAGUUUUUAGAAUUUGGUGGAACUGAUUAUUAUUAUUGUAUGGUCAUUAUUACUAUUAUUGUGAAUAUUAUUUCGGUUGUUA